AUGAAAGAUGGGCUUCCUUUCCAAAGGACCCAGAUGCUUGUCCUAAAAGCCCAGGCGGGCCUUCCCGCUCCCGCUCUCCGAGGACGCGUACCACCGCUCCUUCAGGGUUUCCCCUCCUUCUACCCACCCAGCCUGCCGGAGACUUCUGUAGAGGGAAGAGCGUGCCGGCGGCACGUGGAAGCAGAGCAUGCGCAGUGGCUGCGCCGCGCUGUCCGCUCCCCUGGCCGGCGGCUCAGUCCGCGCAGGCGCAGGCGGAGGGGCCGCGGACUCCCCGCCCUCCCGGGCCCUGCCCCCUCGCCGCGGGUCAGAGGCCGCGAGGCGGGCGGCGGUGACGCGCGCGGAAGCGCUCUGGGUACCCUCGGAAGCCGGCUGGCAGCAGAGCGGCGGCGGCGGCCACAGCCGGGCGCCCCGACUGGAGGGGCCCCGGGUCCCCCAGAGGCGGCUGAACCUCUGCGGCGGGGGACCAUGCCGCAGCCCGUCGCGUGGCCGGGCGCGAGCUGCGCUGAGAAGCCGGCGCGGGAGGCAGGGGCGGCGUCUCCGGGCCCCGCAAGAGCCGCGGCGCGGGAGGGCGGGAAGGCGGCGGCCGCCGGGCAGCCGCGGGCCGCGAUGCGGUGCCCGGCAGAGCACGAGGAGGACAUGUAUCGUGACGCGGAUGAAAUAGAAAAGGAGAAAGAAUUACUUAUACAUGAAAGAGGGUCAUCAGAACUCAGAUUAAGUGUAGCUCCUGAAAUGGAUAUCAUGGACUACUGCAAAAAAGAAUGGAGGGGAAAUACACAAAAAGCAACAUGUAUGAAAAAGGGCUAUGAGGAGGUGUCUCAGAAAUUCACCUCGAUACGGCGAGUCCGUGGAGAUAAUUACUGUGCGCUGAGGGCCACACUCUUCCAGGCCAUGAGCCAGCCAGCGGCGCUGCCCCCCUGGCUGCAGGACCCAGAGCUCACGCUGUUACCAGAAAAACUCAUAAGCAAGUACAACUGGAUCAAGCAGUGGAAACUUGGACUGAAAUUUGAGGGGAAGAGCGAGAACCUGGUUGAUAAAAUUAAGGAGUCCCUCACUCUGCUAAGGAAGAAGUGGGCAGGCUUGGCUGAGCUGAGAACUGCUGAAGCAAGGCAGAUAGCUUGUGAUGAACUGUUCACAAAUGAAGAGGAGGAAUACAGCCUUUAUGAAGCUGUAAAAUUUCUAAUGCUGAACAGAGCCAUUGAACUAUAUGAUGAUAAAGAGAAGGGAAAGGAAGUACCAUUUUUCUCUGUGCUUCUCUUUGCUCGGGACACAUCAAAUGACCCUGGACAGCUGCUGAGGAACCAUCUAAACCAGGUGGGACACACUGGUGGCCUUGAACAGGUUGAAAUGUUCCUUCUCGCCUAUGCUGUGCGCCACACCAUCCAGGUGUACCGGCUCUCCAAGUACAGCACUGAAGAGUUCCUCACAGUCUACCCCACUGACCCACCCAGGGAUUGGCCGGUGGUGACCCUGAUCGCUGAGGAUGAUCGGCACUACAACAUCCCCGUCAGAGUGUGUGAGGAGACGAGUCUGUGAGAGGAGCAUGCCGGGACAGCCUGGCCAUGGGGCCAAGGUGCGCAGGCAGCUCCUUGGCUUGGGCUUUGGGCCUGCGAGUCUCUAAGAAUGAGCUGUGAGAACUCUUGGGCCCCGUGAGCCAAGCUGGACUGGGAUGUUCUGAAGACUAGCUUUCGAUGAGAAGAAUUAACCAAGUAUUUCCCCUCAUCUGGGAUUCAGUAUGUUUCGGUGGGGGCCUUCAGAGCUCACCUCUGGGAAGGUGCAAACUACAUCUUCAUAAAACAAAUACUUUUGUAUGCGAGGAGACUCAUCUUGGAGAGGAAUAUGUUCUUUAUGUCUUACAUGAAAACUUUCUCUAAUUGUAGACUGACUUUCAAUUUUUUUAAAGAGUAAUUUUUUUUGUUUUAAUGGUAAUGGGUCUCUGUAGUGCCCUUCCUAUGCAAUCUGCUCACGUGGUGUAAAUUCUGGGAUGGAGUCUGUGAAUGGCACAGUCAUAACAUCCUCUGAUAGUCUCGUUGAGCAGUGGUUUGGAUUUAUAUAUUAAUUAAAGGUAUUCUAAGGAGAUUGUCUAAUAGAAGAUUAAGAAUUGGAUCCAAAAGUGAGUUAUUUAAAGGCUGGAGAAAGAACUGCAGGAGGGAGGCAGUGGCACCUGGAAAUCCUUGCUCUUUGAGAACAUGACGGGUGCCUGGGGUUGAGGACACAGCGGGUCUGCUGCCUGGUGCAGGUGGUGCGCUGUCAGCGGAGUGAGCGCUGCUGGCAGUUGAGCUCCAGGGUCGGGCUGUUCGUGAUUCUCCACUUCUAGGGAGCCACCAUUUUAUGGCCAGAACAGAGCUUAGAUCCACUGUGGUUUUAGAGGAGGAAACUAAAGCCAAAUGACUUUCAGGCACUCAUCUGAGUUCCCAGGUGGGAAUUAGCUGGAUCCUGGGCCCUUUUCAUGCUGUGUUUUUGAGGGUGCUUCCAUUGCCAAGUUCAUGUAACUCGUCUGUUGGCAGGGGUGAGUAAUAGCAGUGUCUAAGAUUUUCAUGAGUGGGUUUAAGCAGAAGCAUGUAUUAAAACUGAGUGCUGCAAAGGGAGCGCUGAGCUGCAUCUGGCCUGGAUCUAGUUUGGGAAGCCUGAGGGAGGCAUUAUUCCUGGCCGUUAGCUGUUGCCUGCGUUGUCACAGGCUAGGGUGGUGACUAGGGUGUGGGGACAGGGCAGCCCAGCUGAGCAUGGUCUGCAUUAGGGCCCAUCCACGUGGGGCGCAGACUGUGGACACUGUUGGCAGGAAGCAGACGUCCCUCUGGGGCUGUAUCAGCAGCACCUGGACUGGCUCAGCAUUUGUGGAGGUGGUGUUAACCUGAAGUACCAAGCUUUAUUUUAGAAUAGUUAAAGUCUUUGUUUGGUCCAAUUUAAUAUAGUUUAUAAGCUAUCUAAUCUGUUUUUUUGGGAGGGGCAAACCUUUUUUGAAAAUUGUUUUGCUUUCACUUAAAAAUUAAAAUUCUUAGCUGAAGAAGCUCAGAGGACACACAAAACUAUGCAGACUGUUACAUUAGUAUUUUUCCCGUUGGCUGUCAGUAAUAGUUGCCACGUUUUGGUAGAUGUUUAUUCAUUAGAGUGUUUGAAUCUACUUCUGCUCUAAAGGUGUGUGAAUGCACUGGAGAGGCUGUGUUCUUCACUGUGAAAUGCGCUGGUCCCUCAAAUCAGGAGGGGCCUAGAAGCCAAAUUAAAGUAGUAAUAAUAAUGACUUCUUGUUGGCUUUGAUGCUUCAUUUUAGUAUUUGUAACUUACAACAGGAAAUGCUUACUGUUCAUUCUUGAACGUUUUUUAAAGCAUACUUCAAAUGUUUAGGUUGUACAAGGCAGUAGGGGUCUGUGUCCUUCGGGGGUGAUAUUGAAUCUGACUGUUGGUUCAUAUCCACUGUUGAAUUUAAUAAUACUCAUGAUCAUUUGUAUUUGCAUUUUGAAAAUGUUCUAAUAUUAGUGAACUUGAACCAGACUUCUGGGCAACUUAAUUAUUUACAUUUCAUACUUUUUUCUUCUUUCUAUGUAUGAUAUUGUUAGAAUGUGUGCAGAAAUUGUGGUCUUAACCACCAUAUUGAUAAAAAUUCAAAAGGAUGCAUUUAUUUUAAGUUGCUUUCUGUCCCAAGGCCUUAUGAGAUUUUGCUCUCAAACUUUUGUCCAGGCUUAGAGGGAUCAUAGCAUCAGAAAAACAAAGCUCUCAAAGAAAUAGUACUUGAGGAAAUGUAAACGAUUGGCCAACUUUAAAAAUAACAUUUCUUUGUUGCAACCCGUGACUUCAGUUGCUCAGAGUCCUAAUUCCAUUUCUCAUUCCUGAUCUUGGCCUGGUUGGGUGACAUCAGCAGGAUGGAAAUUGAAUUGAGACCAAAGUGGAUUCAAUAGGAUAAUCUACUUAGAGGGAUCUCUAAAAUGACGGUCUUCUAGAAAAAGGAAAGUAGUAGGAAUACACUGUACUUAUUUGUAGCCCAGAGUUUAUUGCAGGAAUUCAGAGGUUUUGGAUCCUAUGGUCUUGGCAGAAAGAUGAUCUUCACCUUAAGCAGGCAUGACUUUUCACCUUUGAGCUCAUUUAAGGUGCAUUUAAACCUAAAAGAACCUACCUAAUAGAAGUGCCAAAAAGGGGAAAAAAACAACCUAAAAGAAUUUCCCUGUAACAAGUUCCAUGCAAUUGACACUGCCCGCUCAGAACUUUUUCUGGCUCCCCUCCUCACCUGCUGAGCUCCUUCUGCAUAUCCAGCAUCCAUUGGUUUCACUCACGCACAUGGAACAGUGGUGGCCGCAGUUGAGAACACGAGGCCACUGUGUGGUCUUUAUGAUCUAGGCGCAGGUGGGAUUUGAUCUGAAGUGUUUGCGGUUCCUCUUCCUUAGAAUGUGGCAUAUCUGAAAUGUUUUACAUGCACAGCACAGGAUUACCCUGCUUUCUUGCUACAGCCAUUUGCACUUUUAUUAUACUGUUACAUAAUAAGUUAAUGUCUGAUGAAAUUUUUCUUUGAGUAAGGAAAACAGACAUUGCCUUUAUAUCCUUUCAGUAUUCUUUUCCCUCCAAUUCUAGAACUUCUCAGGUAAAAUCUCAGGCCACAUGAGUCUAACACCUCUGCGGAAGAAACAGUCUUUGUGGGUUUUUAUGUGCUUGGUUUUUUCCUUCUCUAAGAGGCCCUGUGUUCUUCCUCCUGCCUCCCCCUCCCGCUCAGGUGCUAUUUUACCUUGAGUUUGUAGUCUCCUUUUGGAAGACGGUCCAGAUGACGACUGAAGUGCUGCUUCGUCUUGAAUGGUAACAGCACUCCUACCAUCACAGCGUAUAAGUAGGACUCAAAUCGACUUCUGGCUGUGUCGCCAUUUUGGUGUUAAAAUACAGGUUGAUUAUUUUCCUCUCUCUUUCUUAAGCAAUACUUUGCAGGUACUCCCUCUUCGGAAGCCAGGAAGUAUUUUCAGAAGCAUAGACCUCCAGGGACUCUUAUUUACAUCUAGACAUACAUAAAAAUAAAUGCUGUUUUUAAAAGAUCUAUGACUACUUAACAAAACAAUAAAAAGGAAGCCCUGGGUGUGUGUGAGGUGAAUCUGCAAUGUGUGUGAGACGCGUAGAAUCCCCACAUAGUUUAGCAAAGGCAGAGCACGAUGUCAAGUAAUUUUAAUAUGGCCUAAGGAACUGUAAGAAGCGAACUGAAGAAGGAACUGAUUUUAGAUUAAAAAUGUCAUUUAGAAACAAAACAACAGAUGCCUAACAGACCUCCUGUGCUUAAGUUAUAACAGGAUAAAAAUCUGAAUGAGUGGAAGGACUUCUGUGCAUGGAUUCUGCAAAUUCCUUCUACAGUUUAAGCCCCUUAUUUAACAGAGGUCUAAUACUGAAUGCUUCACCCUUUGGGAAACCUCGUUGGUGAUCUCUUCUGAGGGCUGCAGAGACCAGGGAGCCGGUGCUGAGUUGUGCAGUGAAUGAAGACACAGGCAGCUGGUUAUGAAUGCUUGUGUAAUUCAGGGGAUAACUUGGAGCCAUGAAAAGCACAAAAAACUGGUUUGGCUGUCCCAACGGCUGGUGGCAGUAGGGCUGAGGUAGGCUCACUCAUGACCAGGAGUGGGGUGUGUGUGUAUGCAUGCAUGUGCGUGUGUGCACACUGAUCUGCAGUCACAUUGUUGACGCUCUUGUGUGCUCUAGGUCCCACAGCCUGAGGCCCAGGAGCAUUUGGGAGGGUGGAGGUGACCUGCCCUAUUUGCGUUGUUUUCACGGUAAAUUGAAAUGUAUUACUGGGAAUGGUGGAAUGGGUUAGUAUGUAUAAUUAAACUAUACGGAGUGCCCGUUAAGUCUGGAAAUAGAGAUAUAUUAAGUGUAUUGAAAUCUCAUAUUAACAAACCAUUUAUUAUGUAUGUCUCUGUUCCUAGGCCUUGUGGCCACCUGUAUAUUUAAAUAUUUUGAAUGCUCAUUAAUAGCCAAGGCUUAAUAUUAAUGCAGGAGAACACUGGUUGGAGUUUUAUCCCUGUCUUGUGAUUCCUUGGGUGUGAGUUUGGGACAGGAAUGAAGUUACCAAAACAUGAGUAAUACAAGGCAAGGGUAUGGGGCUUGAAAUACCCAGUCUUGGCAGUCAUUUUCCCAGUAACCGGGCGUGGUUGAGCUUAAUUAUGAACUUCAAAAUAUUUUUUGUACUUAAGAGCUUUUAUAUACUGAAAAAUGCCUUGAUAUGUAUUCACAUAAAUGGUGCUAAAAUGUGGUACCCCUUACUGGACCCGCCGCAGUCCACAGUCGUGUUGGUUACUUCUGGGUAUUUCCAUAUGGGAACUAAGCCAAAUGAAUGUAUUAAGCGAGCUUCCUUCUCAUUUUCAUUGUUUUUAUAAAAAGGUUUUGGAACUGUUACCCGCAUUUUAGCAGCUUCUAACUCUGUGUUGUGGAUUUGGAGAGGUUAACAACCCACCUUCGACCCCUGGCGACUGUUUCCCUUCCCUGUCGGCUCAGCUGUGAAGGGAGAGCAGCUGGGAACACGCGGUGUGAACCUGGUGCCGCUCGGCUUGGCUUGUUUAGCAAAGUGUCCUCUGUUUACACUGUAAAAUGUCAGCAUUUGUCAAAAAAUGUCGCCCGCUCUGAAGAACACGCCCCCGAGGCUCCGGUCAGUUUGGGGCCUUGCUUCCCGCCUGCAGCUGCAGCUGGACCCCUGGCUCACGGGGGCGUGAGUUUCCUCUGUGACUUAUUGAGUCUCUUGUUUGCACUGUCAGAGGCUGGGCGACUCGGGGCUUUGCUGUUGAUCCCCUUUAGCAAACCCAGCCGUUGAGGAUUGUAAAAAUAAAUAACUAAAAAUAAACUUAGAAAAUAAAAACUCAGAAGCCUG